UAGAUGUCCUCUUUUUUUUUCUCUCUUUCAGCACAACAAGCCUUUGUACUCGUUUGAGGACAACGCCGACUAUGUGUACGACGUCAUGUGGUCGCCCGUGCACCCCGCCGUGUUCGCCGCCGUGGAUGGCAUGGGCCGCUUGGACCUGUGGAACCUCAACAACGACACUGAGGUCCCCACUGCCAGUGUGACUAUUGAGGGCGCUUCAGCCCUGAACAGAGUGCGCUGGUCGUCGGGGGGGAAGGAGGUGGCUGUGGGCGACUCAGAGGGCAGGGUCUGGAUCUAUGAUACUGGAGAGCUGUCAGUGACUCACACCGAUGAUUGGUCGCGCUUCGCUCGGACGCUGAUGGAGAUCCGUGCCAACCGGGCGGACGGCGAGGAGGAGGGGCCUAUGGAGCUGGAUUCAUAGAGCAGGCCUCCAGACCAAUUAGGGUGGAUCAGAGAGCAGAGGGAGCACUACGGAGCCAGAUGAUUGGGUUAGAGAGGUGUGUGCGGCCUUAAGCCUGAGUCACAAAGGUGGACCCGUUAAAUGGUCCCAUUUAACCUGGCUAAGCUCGCCAUGGUAUUUUAACCUCUUCCAGAGCAGGUGGUGCUUUGGAUUGAAAUCCAUCAUGAAAAGCACCACCAUUUCCCUUAUCAACUGCUUAUAAAAUAACCGUACCAUUCUUGCCAAAUUCUGUUAACCUAGGUGCCAGAAUUUGGAGGGAUUGUUUUUAGGCGUGCUGGCCUUUCCUACAGAUAUUCUCUGAGCGAUAUGUAGACCCUCCAGAAAAACGCGAUUAUGCGAUCGCAGAAUUUACCGCAUAAUCAGCAAAAUGGCGCAGAUUUUGAA